GUGCUAGCCAAGCAAACAAACAGUAAUUGAGCAGUACUGAGUUCAAAUUCCAGUAACACUCAGAAGAAAAAAAGCCACAGAUUCAAUAUGAUUCCUUAGUAUAGAGAGAUGGCUAUUAACUGUUUGAAGUAUUAUGUAUCUCCUUCCAUAAAUAAUGACAAGCGGCUUGUGGCUAGGCUGUCUUGCUCAUGUGUUUCUGAGCUGUUAGGUAGGGGGUAUCUAUGGAUCAACACAUAGAGGACUUAGGAAAAUCUUCUCAGUUGUCUCAUGUUAUUUAUCUUGAUACCUGGGAGUCAUAAGCAGCCAGACCUUUCCUUGUGUCUUACCUAUCUGUUUCUUUCUUUAUAAGCCAUGUAAAAAAUUAAAUUCUAUGAUUAUCAAAUUCACAAUGGCUGUCCACAAAUGUGGUUUAAAAAAUGGACAUGGUGAUGCCUCUUUAUAAUCCUACUACUCAGAAUGCUGAGGCAUCGGGAUCCAGAGUUUAAAGUCAGCCUGGUUUUGCACAGCAGGACCCUGUCACAAAAAAAGCAACCAUGAUUUAGUCUCUUCCCAAAUCCUCACUCAGUCUGUCUUUGAGAGGAAACCUCAAUUCACAUGCACCUUCAUUCAACAACUUUUAUGAGCACUUGCUAUUUGUUGGUCAUCAUGCUGUUGCCAGGGAAGCAUACCAAGAGAGAUGUCUUCCCAGUCCUCACUGAAUUUCGGUUUUGGAAAUUUCUUUAAAAGUGGUGAACUGCUGGCAACGUGGUGUGGCAGCCCCCCUUAUGCAGCCCCAGAAGUGUUUGAAGGGCAGCAGUAUGAAGGACCACAGCUGGACAUUUGGAGCAUGGGAGUAGUUCUUUACGUCCUUGUCUGUGGAGCGCUGCCCUUUGACGGACCCACCCUGCCGAUUUUGAGGCAGAGGGUUUUGGAAGGAAGAUUCCGGAUUCCAUAUUUCAUGUCAGAAGAUUGUGAGCAUCUUAUUAGGAGGAUGUUGGUUCUUGACCCAUCUAAACGGCUAACUAUAGCCCAAAUUAAGGAGCAUAAGUGGAUGCUCAUAGAAGUUCCUAUACAGAGGCCUGUUCUCUAUUCGCAAGAGCAAGAAAACGAGCCAUCCAUCGGGGAAUUUAAUGAGCAGGUUCUUCGAUUGAUGCACAGCCUUGGAAUAGAUCAGCAGAAGACCAUUGAGUCUUUGCAGAACAAGAGCUAUAACCACUUUGCUGCCAUUUAUUUCUUGUUGGUGGAGCGCCUGAAGUCACAUAGAAGCAGUUUUCCUGUGGAGCAGAGACUUGACGGUCGCCAGCGCCGGCCUAGCACCAUUGCUGAACAGACAGUUGCCAAGGCACAAACUGUGGGGCUCCCGGUGGCCAUGCAUUCACCAAAUGUGAGACUGCUGCGGUCUACCCCUCUCCCCCAGGCGCCCAACGUGGAAGCCUUUACAUUUCCAGCACCUGGCUGUCAAGCAGAAGCUGCCUUUAUGGAGGAAGAAUGUGUCGACACUCCAAAGGUAAAUGGCUGUCUGCUGGACCCCGUGCCUCCUGUCUUGGUGAGGAAGGGUUGCCAGUCACUGCCCAGCAACAUGAUGGAGACGUCCAUAGAUGAAGGGCUGGAGACCGAAGGAGAGGCCGAGGAAGACCCCAGCCAUGCCUUUGAAGCCUUCCAGGCCACGCGCAGUGGCCAGCGACGGCACACCCUGUCAGAAGUGACCAACCCCCUGGUAGUGAUGCCUGGGCCAGGGAAGCUUUUCUCCAUGAGUGACAACCCAUCCCUUGACAGUGUGGACUCUGAGUAUGACAUGGGAUCUGCUCAGAGAGACCUCAACUUUCUGGAAGACAACCCUUCCCUGAAAGACAUCAUGCUAGCCAAUCAGCCCUCACCCCGUAUGACGUCUCCUUUCAUCAGCCUGCGACCUACCAACCCAGCCAUGCAGGCUCUGAGCUCCCAGAAGCGUGAAGCACACAACAGGUCCCCCGUGAGCUUCAGAGAGGGCCGCAGGGCGUCGGACACCUCCCUCACCCAAGGAAUCGUAGCAUUUAGACAACAUCUCCAGAAUCUGGCGAGAACCAAAGGAAUUCUGGAGCUAAACAAAGUGCAGUUGCUCUAUGAGCAAAUGGGAUCUGACGCGGAUCCCAGCCUGGCACCAGCUGCUCCUCAGCUCCAGGAUCUUGCCACUUGUCCUCAGGAGGAAGCUUCUCAGCAGCAGGAAAGUGUCUCCACUCUCCCUGCCGGCGUGCACCCUCAGCUCUCCCCACGGCAAAGCCUGGAAAGCCAGUAUCUCCAGCAUCGACUCCAGAAGCCCAGCCUUCUGUCAAAGGCCCAGAACACCUGUCAGCUUUAUUGUAAAGAACCACCACGGAGCCUGGAACAGCAGCUGCAGGAACACAGGCUCCAACAGAAGCGACUUUUCCUCCAGAAGCAAUCUCAGCUGCAGGCCUACUUUAAUCAGAUGCAGAUAGCGGAGAGCUCCUACCCUCAGCCAAGUCAGCAGCUGCCCCUCGCCCACCAGGAGACGCCCGCGGCAUCCCAGCAGCCCCCGCCGUUCAGCCUGAGCCAGCCCUUGAGCCCUGUCCUGGAGCCCUCUGCUGAGCAGAUGCAGUACAGCCCUUUCCUCAGCCAGUACCAGGAGAUGCAGCUGCAGCCCUUGCCCUCCACGCCUGGCGCCCUGGCUCUUCCUCCGCUGCCCACGCAGUUGCAGCAACAGCAGCAGCCUCCACUCCCACCACCUCCACCCUCGCCACAGCAGCCGGGAGCUGCCCCGGCCCCAUUACAGUUCUCCUAUCAGACUUGUGAGCUGCCAAGUGCCACUUCCUCGGCGCCAGACUAUCCCACUCCCUGUCAGUAUCCUGUGGACGGAGCCCAGCAGAGUGGCCUCUCGGGCCCAGACUGCCCCCGGAGCUCAGGACUGCAGGACGGCCCCUCCAACCCGCUGGCCCUCCCUGACCUACCUGGACUUUUUGAUUGUGAGAUGCUAGACGCAGUGGAUCCACAACACAAUGGAGUGGCUUGUCCUAUCAGCAGAUGAAUGCAUUUAAAACAAGCAUCUUCCUUAAAGCACAAGAAGACAGAUACUACACACUGAUGCUGCAUCUAGAAACACCUUUCAGUUGCCUUUCCUCUUUGUAGUGAGUGUCCAGGCAGGGAGGGGAGCGUGGGGCGUCUCCAGAGCGCCGCUGUGGCCCCCCAGUCCAGCCCCUGCCCGUGCUGGUGACUCGAGCAGCCCCGUGGCUGGCCAGAGACUGGCUCGUCUCCAGGGGCGCCCCACGGUGCCAGGCUGCUUCCCAAAGGCCUUCUGCUUGGAGUUGGGCUCCGGAUGGCGACGGGAAAGGGUAGCAGGAGAGACUGUCGGUUUACGAUUUCGUCACAAUGAAAAUCCAGAAAGAAUGAAUUGUGUUCCUUUUAUGGGUUGUUGAUUCCUCCUCAUGCUUAAGACUGAUGAUUUCGUGCAAUUCAGACCAUCGCUUCGCUCGGGAGAUCAUUUCAUUGAGAUCUUUAAUCUGUCUAAGUCUGUGCGAAGUAAGCCAGUUAUAAACCAGGCCUUGGUUUGUUUAGACUGAGGAGGAAGCUCUCCGGAAUCACACUGCAGACAGGCCAUGGCAUUGACGAAAUGAACCGGCCUUCCACAUCCCAGGUGGGCUGCGCAGCCCAGGACUGCAGGAACGGCCCGGUUGCCAUGGUGCCACAGCUCCCGCCCCCCCCCCCCCCCCCAGAGCCCAGGAGACCUAGGCAGAUUGACAACCAUUUUGUGACGCCUGAGGGGACAUGGAGAGGCUGCCGCCCCCAGCCCUGGCCCAGCCGUAGUGUGGACCAGCACCGAGUGAAGCCGCAGCCCCUCCUGCCGGAAUCCCGCCGCCAGCUCCUGCCUCCCAGUUCAAGCGAGAUCACUGAGGUCCAUCACUACCUGCACUGCCUGCAGAGCCAGGCUCUGGCUCCCACCCGGUGACCCAGGGAAGCUUCUGAGCCGUGGGCACCGCGCGGAGGCCGCGCUGCGGACACGGAGCUGCCCAGCGGCCCGCUCCCUGGGCGGCGUGCACACGGCGGGUGACAGGUGGGUGCCAGCACUGCCCGAAAGCCAGCCUGCCCCGAAAACACUUGGGUGAGAUGAACAGUGAGGUAAAAAGUUCGUUCAGCAAAAAGCGCAGUCUGUGUGGUACUGUUUUCUUUUGGCUGGUUGGUUGGUCUUGAAGUCCGGGGUGUUGCGGCGUUGGGGGAAAUGCAGCCAUUGUGCGAUUCCCAGCCGAGCAGCGAGGCGAACACAGCCCCGCCGGCCCUGGGCCACCUGCACGGGGAAAGGGCCUGCUGUCCGUGCCUUGCCGGCUCUGCACACCACCCCCCCGGGGGAGGACGAGGCCGGGAGGGCGAGGGGGGCGGCUGCAGGGCUGUCCACGGAUCUUCUGCCCAGACCCUGCCUCGCAACCCAGCCCACUGUACCACGGCCCCUGCUGACCCCACCCUGCCCUGC